CAAGGAAGGAGAAAGACAUCAGGAAGCUUCCUGCUUGCUAGUUGACUGUGAAGAGGCCGGAAAUUGAGCUUCACAACGUUAGCGGUCGUUGAUUUCAGUGUAGUCGCCACUUUUUCUUUUUGCCGAAAUGUCGAAGAACGUAAUGUCCGCUCGCUUCAGGCGAGUGGACGUGGAUGAGUACGACGAGAACAAAUUUGUAGACGAGGAAGACGGAGGAGAGAACCAGCUGGGUCCCGACGAGGCGGAGGUGGACUCCCUCAUCAGACAAGGAGACAAUAUGGCGGCUCUUCACGCUGUGCUCAAGAACCCACCAAUCAACACAAAGAAUCAAAAUGUGAAGGACCGUGCAGAAGGCCUGGUGCUCAAGGUGCUCAGCGCUUUUAAGAGCAGCGACAUCGAGAAAGGUGUGCAGUCGCUGGACAAGAACGGCGUGGACCUGCUGAUGAAAUAUAUCUACAAAGGCUUCGAGAGGCCGUCAGAAAACAGCAGCGCCGUUCUCCUGCAGUGGCAUGAAAAGGCGCUGGCGGUCGGAGGAGUCGGCAGCAUCGUACGAGUCCUGACGGCGAGGAAGACGGUUUAAGCAACAAAGUCGCGCAGGCACCGCCGACUCGGCACACGUCGGAUAGACCCGCACAGCAUAACGGAUACACAUACGGACUAAAAGGAAAACGCAAAUGGGGAUUGUUGUCACAUCGAGUCGCUCCACUAAAAUCGGUCUUAUCUGGGGGUCACGUUAGGUUUAAAGAAUUUGGCACAUUUAUUCUCUCUGGUUUUUGAUCAAACCCCGCAAAACGACUCCUAAACUCAGUACCCGAAGCGCACGGCUCUUCGGUUUUCCCUUAUAUCAUUUUGUUCUGCUUCCUGGUACUGUUUAUAGUAGCUCUUUAACAAUAACUAAUAACUUUAUUGUUCCUCUUUUCAUUUUUUUAAAUCAGAAAUCAAUACUUUAGUUGAUGACCAAAUCCCUUUACUUUAUUCAACAUUUUUCACCCCAUUUUAGAGUAAGCAUUCCUGUUUAAAAAAAAAAAAAAGAGGCCAAUAUUUGAAUAUCUUUAUCUUUAUGCCGAUGCUAUUUGUCAGUUAAAAAAAAAAUCUAUAGGUUAAAAUAUAGGUGAUAUUUACUCCAAUAUGUCUUGUGUGUUCUGUAUUUAAGUCCAAACAUACAGUAUGCAUAUUCAACGGUCUACCCGAUGAGGUAGAUAAUCAUCUGUUGCCAAAUAAAAACAAUUUCAUGUCAUUUUACACGCCCCUUGUGUGUGUUAGACAUAUUCCAUAUCAAUAGGAAAAAUCAAUGUACAAACGUUCCCUAUUUUCCCCAUGUGAAGUUCCCUCAUUGUUCCACCAAAGCUUCACUUAUACGGUUGAUUUUUUAGUCCCGGGUUAAUUCGUAGAGGUUCACGUAGUCGUCAGUGGUUUGACGCAUCCCGACAUUAAACACGUUUUCACGUUUUAAUGCAGUAACUGAUACACAGUUACAUGAUAACGCAAAUGAUGGAUUUCAAAAAGCAGGGCAAGGAGUCAAGGCAACAAUAACCAAACUCAUGUACAAAACUGCCUUAUGGAAUAUUCAUUUUUUUAUGUUUGUGCUUUCUUUUCUUUUUUUUUUUUUGACAAAAUAAAUGGUGUGAAUUCUGGUUAAAA